ACAGGAGAUGUUUCCACUUAUGAUGCCAUUUUUAAAAGACCAGAGAGUUACAACAAAUAUCUUCACCGAUGUGACAGAGAACAUGCAAAGAGUCGUGGUCUUAACAUUAAUGAGGAGGAAAUGGCAAGACCUGUUGCUGUUUUGUCAUCUUCAGAGUUUGGGAGACGCAUAAAUAAGCCCAUAGAGCAGCCGAUCAGAGAUCAUGCAAGGAUUAAUCACAUGCAGGCAGAAUUCUACAGGAAAAAUGGCAUCACCUGCUUAUUGGAAAAACCUUCUCCAAGCCUGGAUCCAUACUAA